AUGGUCUUACGGUCCUUCGCCUCGUUCUUCUACAAGUUGAUCCCUCAGUUUCGCUUGUACGGGCACGGCGGUGAUGGUGGGGCUCGGGCACGGACUCCGUGUACACUCUAGGGUAGCCUCGGCCGACUGAGAGAGCUACCACUUCGAGUGAAGAAAAUACACGGAAUUCGAUUCGUAACGGCUGAAUUCUAUUUCUUUGAUCUCCAAAGAAAUAGAAUUCAGCCGUUACGAAUCGAAAUCUGUCGCUAGUCACGAUUAAUUAAUUACUGUUUUGUUGGCUGGGCGGAGAAAGAUCUUUUAUCCGUUCGUGGCAACAUCUGGCUUGGCAGAGGCAGAGGACAACGUUAAAAUCCAAGUUUUCCUCUAUUCAUUCUCGAUUGCAACUAAAAAGUAUUUUUUUCAAUCAAAAUGGCAUUGGAAUGAGGUCGUGAAAUAUUUUUUAUGUGGCAUCAAAAGUCAUCUUUUUUUACCCUACUCUUCUGACUUUGGACAUCAGAGACAUGGGAUUUCUUGACUUUAACAGCCCUUCACUUUGUUCACAGACAUUAAGGGCAAAAACUAAACCUAGUGAGUUGUUUUUUUAAAAGUCUCACUUUGAGCUGAGACUAAUCCCAAGUGAUCGUUAAAACGAAAUAAUGUUUGGCUACGAUUUGUGGCUUCAAUGCGGACUUUCGAGAUACCGUUACUUUUAUUCAGCGUCUACCAUGACGAAAAUUUCAAAUUUUUCGUAGUUCAUGAAGCUCAAAAAAUCAAGUGUCCAGCAGCAAAGUCUCAACCAAACCCGCAAAGACUACUGAGGGUCUUUAUCCUCGAAGUACCACGCCGAAUGGUAUAUUUUGACUGAAGUUUUUUGCGGACAUUCAGCGUGCCCAUCAAGCUCAAAAAGUCAAGUUUCCAUUAGUUUCCGGCAGACUUUCAGCCUAUUUUAGCGGAAAAGCUUUCUAACAGUGCCAUCAAAUUUUGAGGAUUUAAGACUCAAAACUGAGCUUCAAGCAGCUUUUUUGCGGACUUCUAGCGUACCGUAACCCACCAAGUCCGGGAAAUCAAGUGUCCAGCAGCCAACUCUCAACCUAAUCCUACUCCAAAGCUCAAGAGGAGGCGAGCAACACCAUGUGUUGUUUAGGGGACUCUCCCUCUUGCUCGUUGUCGUUUGGGUGGGAGCUCGAGGAGCUCCGGCUCUCAUUCUGACUCCGCCCACUUCCUUCAUCUGUCGCCCUCUUUUCACUAUGGGAGAGGACGGCUGCUCCCCCAACCACUGCUUUUUUUCUCAUCCUCCAAUGACUUUGGCUUCUCCUCUCUACUCCUGCUUCUUCUUAUCCUUUUACUUUUUUUCCCUUUCGCAGAGAUUCUCUUUUUUUAUUCAUUCGGGCUUUUUUUUGGCUUUUUAGCAUUUCGAAAGGUUCUACGAGCUUUUUUGAAGCUUUCAUUUUUGAAAAUUUCGUUUUUGGAACGUUUUGUUACCAGUUGGUUGUUAUGAAUUACCAACAACUUCGAAUUUUUUAUAUUUGUUCCAGCGUCGUAGAAGAGUCUGUAGCUGCUCACUGAGCUAUUAUUUAAAAAAAAAAUUGAUCAAACUUUUCGAAUUUUCUUAUGAAUCAUCAUAAGUUAUGAUUGUACAAAAACUGUUUACCAGCAUAGAGAAUAUUUUUUUCAGAAAAACCUUUUUUUCAUGAAAAUAGGUGCGAAUAACAUUUUUCGACUUUUUUUAUUUUUUUCAAAAAAAUCAUGAAAUUCUUGUUUUUUUCUACCAUUUUAGUAAAUUUUUGACAGCAAUCUCGAAAUUUUUUCAACUUGUUCAUUCGCAGAUAUUUCAUGGUUCAACCGAGUUCACCGAACAUUUUUCGCGUUUCAAAAAAUGUAUCGAUCAUCUGGAUGGACUUGUGAAGAUACCCAAGAAGAGAGAAAACAAUAAGAUGAAUAAUUUAAGAGCUUGGAAGAUGGAUGGAUGUCAGUUUUUCACUCUUUUUCGCCCCAUAAAAAAACUCAUCUUCAUUGAAAGUUAGAAGACUUUUUUACUGGAAAAAAAGUCGUUUUUUUCAAAUUUUUUUGCUUCUAAUAGUUUGUUUACGAUGGUUGAUAAUUGCCUAAAAGGACCGAAAAUUAGUUGAAAUUUAGACUGAUAUCCUUCUUUUUCACCAAUAUUUGAGCGUCAUUCCGAGUCUAUACUUCAAGAACAGAUUUAGACUCACAAAAUAGAAUUUUGAAAAAAAAAAUUGAAAAAACAACCAUAAAAAAGGACGAGUAGAAAAAAAACCUAACCAGUUUGACUAGAAUUUAUCCCGAAAAGAUGUGUAAUAUACGUUUUUCAUACCCUUUUUAAUAGAUCGUUCAGUGUUUAAAUGCCCGUUUGUAUCUGAAUAUUGACAUUUUGAUUUUCAAAUAGCUCUCCUUUGUAGAAAAAUAAACAUCCUACUUUUUAUUUUCUUGCUAAACGCCUUUUCGAAAGCCUACAAGGGUCAAAUUUAGGAUUGCAAAGCAUUAUUGCAGGUUUUCCUGUCUGAGUUUGACUGUAAAACUCUUUUCAUAUCUUUUUUCAACUCCUAUAUUUUCAUAACCACUUUCAAAGAAUUAAGUAAUCAUUUUUUUAUCCUAGAAUAUUUUUCUUCGGAGAAAACUUUUUUUCUAUUUCUAGAAGCUCUUCCUGUCUAAAUUUCAUUCAGAAGCUCUCGACUUUUUUUUUGCUGUUCUGAAAUUCUCUUAUUUUGCAGAAGCAAUGUUAAUACUGCUGUUGACGGCGUUCAUCGCCGACGCGGCCGCCCUGGGAGGUCGAGGCUCGAAAACGGCGCUGAACCUCGUCGCGGGCCGAACUUCCGACGCUCAUGCCCUCCACGGCGUCGAUCCAGUCACCAUCUGGUGUUCGCCCGACAAUCCACAGGUUUCGCCUCGUUCCGGAUACUGUGAGAACUUUUGUUUUUGUUCAAGAUCUCAGUUGAUUGAAUUUUUCUUUAAAAUGUGUUCGGUAAACUUGGAUUUCCGUGAGAAUUUGUGGAAAAACUCUUUGACGAUCAUUAUCAAACUGUUUUAGGACAAAUCGAAAAUGCCCAGGGAUUCGAAUUAAAUCCCUUUUGUUGUUCUUCAACCACGGCAUUUGGGAAUGGCUCGCCUUUUUUCGUCUUUUGGGGAAUAUUAACUAAUUAAACUGCAAAAAAAAACGUCCCGUGCUUACUUCAACCGGUAUAGGGGAAUUUAGAAUGGCUUGUUUCUUUCCUUUUCUGUUAAGAUAGCCAUUCCAAACGCAUCCUGGAUAUAUAUUCAAAAAGUGAGCUUCACAUAGAAAAUCUCGUUUCUUGUCUCAGAAUCUAUUGUUUUUCGAAACCUAAGAGAAUUGAAUCUGGAGAUAUAUUUUCAAGGAACGGCAGUGUCUUCAUUUUCCUCUCUUUUUUUGCCAGUCAGCUGAUUUUCUCCCUUUUUUAUCGUUCUAAAAGAUUUUUGCGGCUCAAUUUUCAUGCAUUUUGAGCCGAUAUUCUGCGUUUUUUGACGUUUCCUUGGCGUUUCCGGCUCGACUAGCACUUCAUUUUGGAAUUGAAACGGAGCAGAAAAGAGAGCAAAAAAUAUGGGGGCACCCUGGUCGACGAAAACGAAUGAAUCAUCCGGGCGGGUUGUCGCCUUUUCUUUUUUUUUCUGGAAAACAGAAACCCCUUGGGAAAUUCGCAGAUUUGUACUUGUGGGUUUUUGGAGUUUCAGUUUUCUGGAAGCAGAGAAUUUCAAAAAAGAGAGAGAAAGCUCAACUUAGCUCUGAAAUCAAUGGAGGCGUUCUGGCUGAGCUUAAUCUAUAGAGCGGAGAUAUCAUUUAAAAAAAUUAGCAGUUUUUUUCGAUUCAGUUUGUUUUUCAAUUUUUUUGAUUUUUACUUUAAAUGACGAAAUUCAUUGAAAGUCGGUUGAAAUCCUCUUUUUAUUUACUAGAUCAAGAUACUGCAGGCCUUUACAACUUCUAACUUUUUUCAAAAAAAUAAGCUUUAAAGUUUCUGUUUGUUGCAAAGAAACGACUUUUUAAAAGGUCCAUAUCCGAAAGUUCGGAAUUUUUUUGGAAUUUCGGGUUGACAUUUUCAGGACCUCCCUCUGAUAAAUUAGACAACUCUUUUUUAACAAUAAUGAGGAAAAUUUCAAUUUUCCAGCAAGAUUACCUUUCUUGUAGGUUUUCUGACCUUCUUAUCCUCAUUUUCACUUCUGAUUGCUGUGACUUUGUAUGGAGCUGAAGGGCGCUAUUUUCAGUUUUCCGUCUUCGUUUAGUCUCCAGUCGGUAUUUUUUACAAGUUUUUCGAAUCCAGCGACAUUUUUCAGUUUGUGAGAAUAUCAUGAUAAAAAUCUCAGACGAAAUAUUUUCACUUUAAGUUUCAUUUUCCAGUCUUCCAGUACUUAUUUUUCUAAUUUUUAAAUAGUAUAAUGCUGAAAUAAACCGUUGCGUUAACAUACAGAAUUUACGAUAGAGAUUUUUUUCAGGUCGCCAUCAAGACGGCGCAGUUUGUUCGAGUCGCCGACGGCAAGAAGUUCAAAGCGACGCUGUCGACGAACAAGAAGAACGCGACUUUAACCAUUGCCAAGCCGACGAUCGUCGACGCCGGCGAGUACACUUGCGAGCUGGAAACUCAGCAUGGACCUAUCCGACAUCAGAUCUACGUUUAUGGUGGGUUCUGAGGGCGUAGAUGAAAUUCGAACUUUGAAAUAUUCAGCUAAAAAUUUAUUAAAUCAGAAAGUCCUUCGAAUAAGUUUCAAUAGAGUUCGAAGGGAAAACAGGGUCAAGCAGAAGAUAAAAUAGAACUUGAAGUUUUCUCUAAUGACAAUUUUCGCAAAAGUCUGUUCGCUCGGACCUCCGUAACACAAAUCGGAAGCGCCCCGGAAACUUCUGAGCUUUUCUGGUGAACGCUUAAGAGUGCCGAGGCCACUGAAGAGAUCACUAGAAAGGCUCAGAAACGUCCGGAUUGCGUUACCGAGGUCCAAGUUCAGGAAAAUGAAAAAAACGAAAACUCCAUCGAAAAAACAAAAACGCUUCAAAACAAAUGAAAUCGUCGUUUUGAAACAACUUUCUGCAUUUUUAUCGAAGACGUCAUCGAAAGUCUUCAUUGCAGUUUUUGAAGGAGCAUGUAAAAAAUUUAAAUAAAAAGGUUUCGAGGCGAAUGUUUGUAUAUUUUCGGUUAUGUGAGGCUUCUGCGUCUUCAUAAAUCCCAAAGAGAAUUUUUGAAAAGCCGUAUAAUCUAUUCAACUUCGAUUUUGACGAGUUUUAUUGUCGAAUGAAGUCAUUGCAUAGCUUUUUCACAAAUUUUAAUGUAUAAAAAAGAAGACGACUAAAUAAAUUACAACGAAGUUCCCAGAUGUUCCUAUUUACUCCGAGCCGUUCCAUUCGAACGGCCCCAAACAACUGUUGUUUGUGUUGAAAGAGUUUCUUUACACCGAUUGAUGGAUUUUCCUGCAAAAUCUCUGAAAAUCUGAGCAACUGUACUAUUUUUUUGGGGUCAAAGUUGACUGGAAAAGUUCUUCAAUCCUACAUUAUUUCUUUUGAUUCUGAAAUUCUUUCUAUAUCAAGAAAAAAACAUUUUUCAAUCAAAUUUUAGUCAAACUAUCGAAACAAGGGCAGUUAAAAAAAAUAAUGUUUUUGAGACUGUGCUGAGAUGCUCUUCAAGGCGUCCUGGUUCGAAAAAAAUCAAAUAUUUCUUGCGCAUUUAUUAGUUAUGAUGAUUUAGAGUUUGUAAGUUGUUAUCGAAAUAGUAAAAGAAAAAGUUUUUCGGAGUUUGCAAACAUAUAAAAAAACGAUUUUUAAGCUAGAAAUCAUCGUUGUCUGUAGUCUCAGCUAUUUUUUUAAGUUUUCCAUUCUGUUUUGGUUUAAUUUUUUUCAAGUUUCAAAUCGAUUUUUUUACAAACAGAAGGUAAAAAAUCAUUUUUAUGAAGAAAUCAGUAUCCCGUGAAGUCUUAACUAAUCGAGAAAUUUCUGGAAAUUUUUUUCAUUCUGGCUUUUUCUAAGAAAACUCAACUUAAAUGGAAGCAGAAAAAAAGAAUGAAAGAUAUAUAUUUUUUUGAUUUGACUCAUCGAUUUUUUUCAGAGGAAAAAAAUCCUGAAAAAAACAAACGUUUACAGCUCGACCAGUGGCUCUGAUCAACAUUGAGCAUUUCACGGUCAAAGACGACAACGAGUUCCAUCUCGAGGGACCUGGGUUGUCGGUUGAGGUGUGUUUAUUAUUAAUUCUUGUUUAUGGGUAGUUCCCUCAAAAAUAGUUCAGAAAGGCCACAACAUCAACAUCACCUGUCCAGUGACCGGCUACCCGCCGCCAAUCGUCAAAUGGACCAAGGAUGGGGCGCCUUUAGGUCAUUUUCUGCUUUUUAUUUGACAUUACAGGAUUUAUAAGCUUUAUAUUCGCAAAAAAAAAACUGGAAAAAUCAAAAGUUCAACAGCGGGCAGAAAAAUGUUUUUUAGUCAGAGAAAAGGAACUGGGACACACUAGGGAACGUUUUUCAGUCCCCGGAUUAAUUUUUGAUCAAAACUCACUGAAAUUAAAUUACAGAACUCGGCGCCAACGUGGAGUUAUCGAAAACGACGAUCCAAAUAACGAACGCCGAGUAUAAAGACGGCGGGAAAUAUUCCUGCGAGGCGAUCAACGAAUACUCGGCCAACGCCAAGACCAGCCGACUUCUUUUGGUCAUCGAAAAAAUGCUCAACGUCAAAAGUUGGUCCUCACAAGGAGUAAACUCUGGAACUUUCUGGAAAAUGGCCGAAUUAUUCUUAAAUGGAAAUCCGAGAAAAAGUUCAACAAGCAAAACUUCAUAUUUACAAAGAAACGAGACCUCAAAUUCAAGCGAAAUACUUAAAACAGACUAUUUUCAGCUCUUUUUUUUUCUGAAAACUAAGAAUUUUUGCAUUUGAGACUCAAAAAAAAAUCUUGAAUUUUUACCUAAUUCUUUUAGGUAAAAAUUCAAGAUUUUUUGCUGAAGAUUUGGAAAAUUCUUCAGCACAUGCUUAGAAAUUUCAUUUUUACUGCUUCAUCGAUGAAAUGAACAAAAAAUAAACAUUUAUCGAUUGAUAAUUACUUUCCAGCCAUUUUUCCAAUCCAAAUUCAGGUGAAAUGGCUUGGCUCCUUCCUUUGGCCGUCAUUUUGGUGAUGCUCAUCCUCCUAGGCUUGAUCAUUUUCUUCUGCGAACUCCGGAAAAGGAAACAGAGCAAAUCGUGAGUUUCUUUACUCUUAAAGUCAAGACCCAUCAAGCAAGCGAUUAUUUUAUAGUUUGAUCAACGAUAGUUUGUGAUUUUUUGCUGCGGAAAUUUUCAAUUUCUGCCGCUCCUUGAAAAAAAUCCCUAUUUUGACAGAGGUGGGAAAAAGUUUGCUAUAAAAGUUCCAAAUACUUGAGUUUUCUUUUCAAAAGUAUAUUUUUUUUUGUUCCAGAGCCCGUUACGUCGCUGCCGAAUAA